CUGAUUAUUAAAAAAAAUAAUGUCUAGUUGAAAGUUCGUGUUGUCAAAAUUUUAAGUAAUUUUCUUAGCUUUGAUUCCAAAUCUUUUCAUAAUUCUUAAGUUUGUGUUUGCCUGUUUUAUUAAAAUUGAUUUGAACGUCAUGGACAAAAAACUAAUCUUACAAAACUUAAAACCUUCCGAUAAACAAAAAAAUAAAUCUUUAGACGACGAAAUAAAUUUUGAAAAUUCACAUCUGCAGGAACAGGGGAUAGACAUCGGGCAGCUUCGAGCUGCCAGAUUAUACAAAAACAAGGGAGAUGUGUCCAUUCAAAACAAUCAAUUCUCAGAAGCGGAACAGUUUUAUGCACAAGCCAUAGAACUGCACCCGUUGAAACCACUAUACUUUUGUAAAAGGGCUUUAGCUCUUUGCUACUUGAAUUUGAACACUGAAGCCAUCCAAGACUGCACAAAAGCACUAAUCAUUGAUCCUGAAUUUAGUAAAGCUUAUGGGGUUUUGGGAAUGGCUCAUUACAAUUUCAAAAAUUGGCAUGAAGCUGUUAAAGCAUUUAGUAAAGCUGUUCACUUGGACCGGGAAAAUACUGAUUUCCAGAGUAGACUCAAGUGGGCAAGGGAACGCCUAUUUGAGUCACUGAUGGCAAAGUCACCGACUUCAGGACACCAACGAACAGAUAUGUUUAAUUUUGGGAAUAUGGAGCAAUACAUAGCAGAAGCUGGAAGAAUAAUGGCAAUGGCAGAUUCUGGUCGUCGAAAACUAAGUCCAAUCUUGCCCAAAUGGUUACAAGAACAUGAACCCAGAUAUGGUGAUAAAUUCAGAACACAUAAAAGUCAUAAUUCAACAACUUCUGAAGCUGAUCCAAACAGACGAGAGCGUGGAGAUGGAGGUUCAAGGGGAACUCAGUAAUAAAUUUAAUUAAGAAGCUAAAUCACUUAGAUUUAAAACAUAUUUGAGUUAGAAACGCAAUAUUUUCACUUUUUUAGUUAAUAUAGUGCAAAAUAAUUACACUAUUUUUCAAAUUGCAAAAAAAAAUUUCAAAAAAUCAAUUAAAUUGUACGAGUAUUAUUUUGAUAAAACAAUUAGAACAAAUAAAAAAUCAUCAUUUAAAUCGAAUCUAAGAUUAAAAUUAUUCCAUUUUUGACAAGUUUGGACCGUUUUUAGUCAGAAACGCAUUCAAAGAACAAAAUUAAAUCCAUCCAAUUUUGACAAAUGCAAGCCCAAAACCGUUGUUUUAUUUAAAAAUUACAAUAUUUUAUAGUAUUUUCCAGGAGACCUAACACUGUUUGAACCAGAAACUCACUCACACUUGUCGUCUCAUUCAAACGUUGUUUAACACCGGAAAAAUUUUGCAUUCUCUGCCGAUCAAGUCUAAAUUUCGUUGUUAGGUUCAAAUACGCUAUUUUAGCAAUUUCCAAGUAAUUUAUCAGACUUUUGAUUCAAAAACUCAAUUAAAUCAUCGUGUAUUAGAGGUAAAGCAAAAAAUUGUCGUUGUAGGUCUGAGGAAUGCCGUUUCAACUACUUCUAACAUUUUUGUGCCACAUUCAAACAAGCCAAAUAUUGUAAAAGCCGGUACAGUUCCUUAGCCUCCAUUCCUUAGUAAAAAUUUCAAAAAAUUUUGCUGAUGUAAUUCGUUCUUUAAACGGUCCAAAUUAUUCAAAGAGUGACUUACCAGUAGUAAAUUUCACUAGGAAGUAAAUGCAGAGGAAAUAAAACUGCGGUAGUUUUAAUUCAAAAUUUAGUCUUUUUAAAUUGAGUUCGAUAAAAUAAAGCUAGAAAUUAUCAAAAUUACUCUGUUUCAACAAGUUUGGAUGUUUUGCAGCCAAAAGUUAGCUUAUGUACUUCAAAAAUGUUCGAGCAUUAAAAUUAUUUGAACCGACAUAAUUUUUAAUUUUCAUAUUAGGUACAGUCACGAUCAAAAAGAAUGACACCCCUACCAACCGAGCCAGAUAGCAAAUGUCCGAUUAAAAUCUUUUAGGUCAUAAAUUUCAACAAAGCCUUCAGUAUACAAACUAGCCAAACAUACACAUUAACCGCAUGAUAUCAAAAAGGUUUGUGGUUGCGGUUUUAAGGGUGUCAUUCUAUUUGAAAAAGAAAAGAAAGUGGAUGAAUUUACCACUUUUCGAGCCAAAAACUUACUAAAAUCUUAUUGCUUUGAAGAAAUAAUCGUCAUUUUAGAUCAAACUGUCUCUACAAGGUGUUCCAAAUUUUAAUGAAAGUCAAAAUUUUUUGAGUUCAAGUUGCCCAAAGCAAAAAAAUUAU